AUGUCAAAUGCAAAUAACAAUGGACAAGCAACAGCUAAAGGAGGAUGUUGUGGUGGUGGUGGAUCACAAGAUAAUAAAGCAAAUCAAAAUAGUGGUAUUGUAGUUUCAAACACAAGCACAGAUAAUAGAAAUAAAUUUGAUAAAGGUUUUAAACUAGUUUUAUUAGGUGAAAUGAAUACUGGUAAAACUUGUAUUUCCUCAAGAUUAGUUAGAAAUGAAUUUGGUCCAACUGAUUCAACUAUUGGGGCUGCAUUUUUAGUUAAAAGUAUGGUAGUAGAUAAUAUAAAUAUUAAGUUGGAAAUAUGGGAUACUGCAGGACAAGAACGUUAUAGAUCUUUAACUCCAAUGUAUUAUAGAGGUGCAGCUGCUGCAGUUGUGGUUUAUGAUAUCACUAAAAAGAAUACAUUUGAAACUUUAAAGAGAUGGGUAUCAGAAUUACAAAAACAUGCAUCACCAAAUCUUAUUUUAGCAUUGGCCGGUAAUAAAGUUGAUCUUCCAAAUAGAGAGGUUCAAGUUGAUGAAGUUAAUCGUUAUAUCUCCGAAUUGGGUAAUGCUAUUUUCUUUGAAACUUCCGCUGCUUCUGGUCAAAAUAUCAAUGAAUUAUUCACUGAAAUUUGUAGAAGAUUAAUUGAAAAUUAUAAAUAA